AUGUCGCAAUCGAAUCAGUUUCAAAGGCUCGGAUUGAUCGGCUUGGGUGCCAUGGGAUUACCAAUGAUGUCGCAUUUAGCUAGAAAGCUACCGGAAGAUUCGCGCAUAUGGGUCUAUGAUGUGGUUGAACAAGCGGUAGACGACGCAUGUGCCGAGUUCCCCAACAGGGUAUUGAAAGGGAGGAGCGCGAAAGAUGUCGCCCAGCAAGCUGACAUCAUUGUAACCAUGGUACCUGAGGGAGCGCACGUGCGAUCUGUAUAUCUCGAUCCCGAUAACGGCGUAUGCAGUACUGACAUCUCGAACAAACUGCUUAUCGAUUGCUCGACGAUAGACACGGCAACAAGUCUAGCAGUGAAGGAUCAUGUUGAUACAAACUUUGCCUCGGCUGCUUUCUACGAUGCUCCCGUUAGCGGCGGUGUGGUGGGCGCGAUCAAAGGUACCAUUGCCUUUUUCCUGGGCUGCGCAGAGUCGGACCCGAACAUGGAACGCCUCAGGUAUUUGGCGGGUCUCAUGGGCGGGCAGAUAAUACCCUGCGGGGGGCCGUCGCUCGGUCUCGCAGCAAAGCUGUCAAACAACUACCUCUCUGGCAUAAUUGCGAUAGCCUGCUCCGAAGCCUUUGACAUGGGCAUGCGCAGUGGACUGGAUCCCCGUACAUUGGCCAAGGUGUAUGCUGCAGGGACAGCUCAGAAUACCAUAUGCGACAAGUUCUGCCCUGUUCCGCAUGUUUACGCUGAAUCGCCAUCGUCUGGAGGAUGGAAGCAAGGCUUCAAGGUGCAGUUGAUGCGCAAGGACAUUGGCUUGGCACUGGACAUGGCGAAGAGAGUGGGCUCGCGAAACGUGCUGGGUGAUGUUGCCCUGGAGACAUAUGAUGGAGCCGCAAACGAUGAACGUUGUAGAGACCUGGACUCUCGCGUGGUUUAUCGCUAUCUUGGCGGACAGGAGGACUGGCAGGCCACGUCGAACGGCCCAUGA